UAGUUAGGGGCGCCCAGGGUUAGAGCUAAGGUUCACAUUUCCGUGACAUAUAAAAGUUGACAAGAACUCCGCUGUUCAUGAAUGCGUUAACGUGCCACCCUGGAGAUAGUAGGAUUUACAUAGGGAUAAGCAUUGGAUUAAAAUUCCCAAAAGCAAACAGCGAGAAGGUUAAACAGUUUCGCUUUGCAGUGUAUCCUUACAAGCAUUCGAAGUGAGCAGAGUACAGGAAUGCCUGUAGAAGAAUGGCCCAAGAUGAGGAAGUUUCCCAAAGUGUUGUAUAGGGUCUAUGGUAACCGAAUUCAAACCCUGCGGCAGCUUAUUCUACAGCUCUUAGGCACCUCUUUUAGUAAUGCAGACUGUGAAUGCGAACAUUUCAAUUACUGUUUAAAGUGCGAUCCUCCAGGUUACCUUUUAAGAGAUGAAGACCACGCGGAGUAUUGGAAAUUGCUGGAGUGCAGCUAUGGAGUGGUUUCGAACCCGGCAUCUCUGCCUCACUCGUUUACGCUCGAAAACAGAUGGACACAGCAGCAGAUAAUUGAGAGGGUUAUAGAGCUUCACUUUCGCCAAGCAACGAGGCCUCUUAAUGUAAUUUGUUUUGGUUAUGGACAGCUUCAGCCAAAUCACGCUGAAAUGGCUUCCACAUCUACAGCUUAUGGUUUAGAAUCAACUAGUUCCAACUCUGCCAUAAAAAUUCUCAACUCUGAAGCUUGGGUGGUUCUUUUAUCUAGGGUGGGAGAUAUGUUCAUGCUUCAUUUGCUUUUGUAUACAUCGAUAUUUUAUCCUCUUCCCAAUAAAUCCUAUGUGCAAAUUGUGGGAGUUCCAAUCAGCAGCUUGGUUUCAUCCUCUCAGCCUCACGAAUUACUGCGUAUUGGGCCUUUAUGCCAUGAUGCCACUGAAACAUGCAAAACUUCUGGUUUCCAGACCAAGAGUUCAUUCUCUCAUCUGAGGAAUCAAUCUCAGCUAGAGGUACUUAGUCAUAAACCUGUGCAAUUGAUCCAUGGAGCAGAAGUUUCCAGUAUUCUCCCUGUUACAGGAUGUACUGGGUCUGAUUUGAAGUUCCGUAAUUCCAUAAGAAACAGAUCCAGUAAAAAUGGUGAUAGAAGUUACAAGGAUGCACAUAAAAGAUCAUUUAGCUCGGAUCAUUGGAUUGGUAGUUCCAAGAAAAAGAAAGCUAACAUUGAUGAGAGUCGAUUGAACCCGAAAAAUUGCCUUCAUAAUUCUUCUACAGAUUACAGAUCAGAAGAUUCUUAUAAAAAUGGCCAUUCCUCAAAGUCUGCAGUUCCAGAUUUUCACCAUGGUUUGCAUAUGUUAUCAGGGAUGAAUAAUCUGCAUGGAUGGUCAAAAGAACAUCCAGAAAUGGGGUCAGUUGAGCUGCCUGAAAGCUAUUUUUGUUUGAGCAAAAGAUCUCCUGUUCAUUUUUGGUCUCAUUCAAAAUCCGAGUCAACAGAACAUCCAUUUCUCCACCUAAAAUCAUCAGCCAAUACAGACAGUGCACAUGAAUGCUUAAAUUUGAAAAAUAUACCAUUGGAAGUAUGCCACUCUUUGAGCUGUAAUAUUCCAAAAAAGGGAGGUAGAUUGAAAAAACGUUCUAGGAUUUUUAGUUGGCAGCGCCGCAAAAUAUACAAAGCUCAAGAAAGAUCCUUGGCCAUAGAAAGCAUGGAACAAUAUAGCAGACUGAAAGACAAGACAAGUGAAGAUUAUAUGAGAAAUAAGCAGCUUCAAUCACCUCCUUAUUUUUUCAAUUCCUUGGACAACUAUGGGAGUGUAAAUUUGCUUGGUGUAGGAUCUCAAUAUUCUUCUAGGCAAUUGCUAGAAGAAAAGACUACAAGGACAACUUCAGGUGAAGCAUAUGUUUCUGACCAGAAAUUUGUGUUGAACUCUAAUAUGUUGUCAUUGGAUGUGAAAGAGGAUGGUGAUCAGGAAUUGGAUAUGGUUCAACAUACUAAAGGUAGUAAAUUAUCAAUUUUUGAAGAUAAGCUAGUAAGACAAGCUGGAAAUUAUGAUAGUAUUUGUCAUUCAUCAUCUUGCCAUUGUGAAGGAACGAGGACAGUUGAUGCCAGUCUAAAUAUUUGUACCAUUCAUGAUUGUGUUUGUAACUCAAGGAGGAAAAGUUUAUACCCUGAAGAGGAUAAUCAAAAACAUUUAAUUGCAGGGAGAAAAUGCAUAUUUGGUGCUUGUGAUAUGAGAGUUCAGAAGGAUGAUAAUUCUUCAGAAGCAAUCUAUAAAUUGCAAACACAAUCCCACCAGAAAAGCCAACAGAUACAUCCUCUUGAUAAUUCACAUGUUUCAGAGAAGCUUUAUUCACAGUUAAUUGCCAACCCAGCCAAUCGAGGAGUUUUAAAUGAAAAUGCUAUGCCAAAGUACCAAUGCAUGCUUCUAAGUAAUCAAAGAAAGUUUUUUUGCAGUUGUGUUUGCUGGUUGAUGGUACAUAUGAGACAUAUGGACACAACUAACAUUUUGAUUAAUCGACGGAGUCUUUUCUACAAUUCUAAAUUCACUCAUCAUGGUGGAUUCCCCCCCAAUCAUAUAUUGAAUGUGGCCAAACCGAGAAUUUCUGGUGCAAAACAACUUUUGGCAAUUAUUUUUGGGCUUCCCAAUUCCAAUUCAUGCUUAAAUGAAAGCAUCACUGAUGGAUUUGGCUUGUCUGAAUCUUUAUGCCAAAAUUGGGGUCUCUUAUCAACUCUAAAAAGUAUUAUUAGAAAUUCUCAACGUUGCCGAUAUGCAAAACUUCUUACACGUCAUUGCUCGGUUCAAAUCAAGAAACCAAGUGAAACUUAUACUAUGCCAUCAUCAGAGAUAACGGGUUCUUUUUCUUUCAUGGAAGGCCAUGACAUACAUGAGAAAGAAACUUUAUCCAUUCUUAAUGGAACCUUUCAUAAAGCCAAUAAUCCUAUAACUAUUCACUUGGCUUCUAGUCCUCAAGGUGUAUCAAGAAAUCAUGAUCAACAUGCAGAGAAUGGUUGUUUAAUUCAUUAUGAGCACUUAAAUGAGCAAUGCAUAUUCAAGGAUACUAUUAUCUCAGGAUCUCAGCAUGCAACUCCUCCAGAUUCCAGAGAUUAUGAAAUGCAUACAAGCAGUUCUUUUCUAAAACCUUCUGACAUGUAUAGGCUAAGGGUGAAAAGAAAGCAUGAAGGGCAUUGUAAUUCAGGAGCAAAUGAUUACACAGAUGAGUGUGAUUCUAAACAGUUAAAUACAUUCUUACACAGGUCCAAUGAAUUAUCAAAUGGCUCACAAAAUGGACUUGUUAACUCAUAUUGCACCCAUAAAGAAGUUGUUUCUUUUAUAUGGGCUGUUUGCAGAAGUGUUAUACCUGAAUCUUUACUUGGAUCCAAGAAAAAUUGGAGAGCAUUAAGAAGCAAUAUUGGGAAGUUUGUGAGGCUAAGGAGAUUUGAACGUUUUACUCUGCAGCAAUGUUUGUACAAACUUAAAACGUCGCACUUAUCUUGGUUGAAUGAAGCUAGUUUAUCUUGUGAAUGUUGGGCUUCUCUGAAUAGUUUGAAUGGAAUUUGCCCAAAAUUUCUUUGUGAUUCUCUGGAAGAGAAGAAGCAACAUGCAUAUCAUCACUGUAGAGAUACAAACAAGGGUGGGACAGGUGCACACAAUUUAUUUUUGCAUGAAAAUUUAUUAGCAAACUGGAUAUUCUGGCUUUUCUCAGGCAUGAUAGUGCCACUGAUUCGAGCUCACUUUUAUGUUACUGAAACACAGAAUGGAAAACAAAAUGUCUAUUACUAUAGGAAAAAUAUUUGGGCUAAGAUAUUGAAUGGAGCAGUAAAAGAUCUUACCAGAAGCAAUUACAAGCAAUUAAAUGCUGAAUCAUUGGCAAGCAUCUUGCAGAAGAGAUCUCUUGGAUUUUCACGUGUUAGGAUUCUUCCAAAGGAAAAGGGAGUCCGACCUAUUGCAAAUUUUGGUGCACGAUCUACGACAUGGCUUCAGCUUACCAGGGACUCGGGACAAACAGUUAAAAAGAGAAAGACAAAUAGAUUGGCAAACAACUUCCCAAUUUCGGAUGUAAAUAACAGGGAAAAAUGUUGCAAGAAACCAGGCUUAAUUGAAAAAAAUGAUCAAGUUUCUUUACAUAGUUUACCGAGCAAUGGCAACAAGGAUGCAGGGAUAGAAGAUAAAUGUGAAUAUUUUUCUUUUGAUCGACUAAUCUCUGAUAAGUCGAACAGGGAAAGUGAAAGGUUGUGUGGGUCUGAUUCUAAAGUCAAGCUGUCUUUUAGAUCUAUAAAUUCGCUGCUUUGUGAUGUACAUCAUUGUUUAAAAUUUGAACAGGAAAAGUUUCCAGAGGCUUUAGGGUGUUCGGUAUUUGAUUACAAUGAUAUUUAUGUAAAACUUAAGCCCUUUGUUUUAAGCAUGAAGGAUUCUUGCAUGGGUCUUCCAAAGUUAUAUAUUGCAGUGUGUGAUGUGGCACAAGCAUUUGAUACUGUUGACCAAGAUAAGCUUCUCGAUGUGAUGCAAAAUAUUUUACAAAAGGAGGAGUAUUUUAUACAGAGAUAUGUACGGGUUUCAUGCACAGAAAAAUCUGUCAAAGUUUCAUAUGAAAGGGAUUCUGUUGAAGAGAAGGGUGUAAACUUUGCAAAAUUUUCAAUGAACCAUUCUGCCAAGCAUUCACAAGGAAUUCUCAUUGAUCAGGCAUUCUUUACAAGUAUCAAGCGGGACAAAUUAUUAGGCCUUAUGUAUGAGCAUGUCAAGAGAAAUAUCUUACGUUUAGGUUCUCACUUCUACAUACAGAAAGUUGGUAUACCACAAGGGAGUGUUCUUUCCUCUUUGCUUUGUUCAUUUUAUUAUGGAGAUUUGGAUAGAAAUGAGAUUUUUCCCCUACUGAAUUAUACACACAAGAAACAAACUAUUGUUUCUUCAAAGACAGCACUUGAAAAUUGCGUAGUUGAUCGAAAAUUGUCAUGUGGUAAGGUAUGCAACAAAGGUUAUCUUGUUGGAGAUGCCACUACCACUCUAUUUGAAGAAAUGGAUAAGAUCUCUGAUGUCACUGCAAGACAAUCAAAAAUAAUUAGAGUUGAGUGUGAGGGUUUGAAUGCAGAAUUAAAUGCAUGUGCUAGUGAUGUACCCAUAAAUAGCUAUUCCAAAUAUAUCAAUGAGCAUAAAGUUGGAAACUUGGAGUCUGUUCAACCACAUUCCAUAUUACUGAGGUUAAUCGAUGAUACACUCUUCAUAUCUACAUCAAAGGAAAAAGCAUAUUGUUUUAUUGCAUCUAUGCAUAGAGGUUUCAAAGAUUAUAAUUCUUAUGCAAAUAAAGCCAAGACUUCUCUCAAUUUUAAGAUGGAUCUUGAAGGAAAGACAUUAUCCAAAAAUGUCUACAAGGGCAUGGAUGGUUCUUGCUUCCUACGAUGGAGUGGUUUACUAAUCAACUGUUAUACUCUGGAGAUCCAAGCAGAUUAUACCAGGUACUGUGCAUCUCAUAUCCGGUCAACACUCACUGUUUGGAGAAAGGAAAGCCCAGGUUACCAUCUCUUGGUUAAGUUGUGCCAAUUCAUGCGACCAAAGUGUCAUCCUAUAUUCUAUGAUUCUGACUUGAAUUCACCAACUACUGUACGGUUGAAUGUCUACCAAGCAUUUUUGCUCUGUGCAAUGAAAUUCCAUGUGUAUGCAUGUUCAGUGCCAGCUGUGGGAGCAUUUAGUCCACAAUAUGCUUUUCGGGCAAUUAUGAAAUCAACAAGGUCUCCUUAUUGGCAACAAAUGGUUGAUGCCAUUACCAUAUGCGGGGCGGGGUUCAAAGCCCCUAGUGAGAGUGAUUUGAGGGGACCCAUUUUGUCUCAAAUGGUGGAUGAUGUGAAAAAGGAUUUAGAUGAACAACGCCACAUAUGGAGCACUAAAGGUUGCACCAUCAUGACUGAUGGUUGGACAGAUAGGAGAAAUAGAACUCUCCUUAAUUUUCUUGUUUCUUCCGCAGGGGGCACCGUUUUCAUCAAGUCCAUUGAUGCCUCCGCCCAUUGCAAGAAUGCCACCUACCUAUGUGAGCAGAUAGAGGAGGUGAUUGAAGAUGUGGGUGAGGAGAACGUGGUACAGGUGGUGACCGACAAUGCAGCAAAUUAUGUUGCUGCAGGUAGACUAUUGAUGGAGAGGCACCCAUCUAUAGUUUGGACUCCAUGUGCUGCUCAUUGCAUUGACCUCAUGUUGGAGGAUAUUGGAAAAAUCCAAUGGGUCAAGAGAUGUGUAGAAAGGGCAAGAAAUGUCUCCAAAUUUGUAUAUAAUCAUUCAUGGGUGUUGGCUCUUAUGAGACAAUACACAGAGCAGAAGGAGUUGCAUCGUCCAGGAAUCACAAGAUUUGCCACAAACUUCCUCACAUUGCAGUCCAUGCUUAGGUCUAAGCCUGCCUUGAGACGUAUGAUUGUUGGUGAGGAGUGGUCUUCCUCAUCCUAUGCUACCACCCCUGCAGGGAUAGAGAUGGCAAAUUGCAUUUUUGAUGAGCAAGGCUUUUGGGUCCCUUGUGAUGAGAUAGUGAAGUUUGUUAAGCCCUUGGUGGUUUUGUUGCGAGUUGCAGAUGGAGAUAAGCCCGCAAUGGGCUAUAUAUAUGAGGGCAUGGAUAGGGCGAAGGAGGCCAUCAAAUUCGUCUAUGGAGCAGAUGAGAGCAAGUAUGGUCCCAUUUGGGAGAUCAUUGAUAGGAGAUGGCAUCAUCAGCUACAUAGGCCCAUCCAUGCGGUAGCCUAUUAUCUGAAUCCGGCAUUUCGUUUUAUCCCUUCUUUCAAGGCUGAUGCAGAGGUCCUUAAUGGGCUAUAUGCAAUCAUGGAGAAGAUGGGACCUGCCGGUACUUCUCAGAUAGACCUUUUUCGAGAGCUACAGAUGUUCUCAGAUGCACAAGGGGAGACCUUCUCUCGUCCUGUCGCCAAACACGCUAGAACAACUAUGAUGCCAGAUCAUUGGUGGAACUUUUUUGGCCCAGAGACACCAAAUGUUCAGAAGUUGGCCAUUCGUAUCUUGAGCCAACCAUGCAGCGCAUCAGGUUGUGAGCGCAAUUGGAGUAUGUUUGAGCACAUACACUCCAAGAGGCGCAAUAGAUUAUCUGUGGAGAAGAUGAAUGAUCUCAUCUUUGUUCACUACAACCUCCGCCUGAGAAUGAGAAAGAAUGCAACAGUUGACAUGUCUCCUAUCAUUCUAGAUGAGGUUGAUCUUGAAGCAGAGUGGGCCAAUGAGAAUCAGACAGCUCUUGGGACUCCUACAGCUGUAUUUAGUGAUGAUGACAUUGAUUGGAUCGACCAGGUAGAUAUAGAGGCUGAGGCUGUAGCCAUGGCAGAGGAGGAGCAGAGAACACGAGCAGAGACAGGAAAUACUGAGACUCGGAGUGACACAGCUGUUCCUGAUGUUGGUGAGCAUGACACAGUCGUUCCUGAUGUUGGUGAGCAUGGCAUGGUGUCACGGGGAGCAACUAUGGCUGCUGAAUCAUCCAGGACCUACUUUAAAUGCCUUCGCAGGGGGCUAGGGCGAGAGGGUGCACGGCCAUCACAGCCAUAGGCUUGUACACUUGUAGUUGUAUUUAGUUUUACUAUUUACCUUUGGUAUUUGUAUGAAACAUUUGAUGAUGAUCAUAUGAUGACAUGGAUUUUUUAUUCCAU